AUGAACAACCACGCCCAAGACUCCGUGGUCGAUGGACCAGAGUUCAAGGACGAGAAAGGCUCUGACAUAUCGCCAACCCCGCCUCUCAAGGUAGAGGAUGUCGAACAAAAUGGAUCAAUGGUCGAGAUUGAUGCAGCCACUGAAGCAAGACUACUGAGAAAGCUGGACAUUCGCAUCACCUCGACUGAUGAUCCUGUAGUCAACAUUGGCAAUGCUCGUCUUUACGAAAUGGAGACAGAUCUUGGUAUGGACCCAAACACCAACCAAUUCCAGAUCGCAGUAUCUAUUCUAUUCGUCACCUACGUCAUAUUCGAGACACCUUCGAACCUCAUCUUGAAGCGAAUGAAGCCGGCGCGGUACCUAGCCGGUCUGAUGUUUCUGUGGGGCUUAGUAGCCACGUUCUCAGCCUUCGUCACCAACUUUGCUGGGCUCGUAGCUUGUCGCCUCCUCCUAGGCAUGUUCGAAGCAGGUCUGUUUCCGGGUGUCAUUCUCUACUUGAGUAUGUUCUACAAUCGGCGCAACGUCAGUCUGAGGCAAGCGUGGUUUUAUGGCACAUCUGCACUAGCAGGUGGACUAGGAGGUGUCGUUGCGUAUGCUAUCGGUGAGAUGGAUGGCGUAGGUGGUUGGAAUGGAUGGCGCUGGAUCAUUGUCAUUAAUGGUAUCCCAACCGUCCUAACCGCCAUUGCUGUACCUUUUGUCCUUCCGAACAGCCCAGAGACCGCGAGUUUUUUGACCGAAGAAGACCGACGAAACCUAGUCUUGCUUCGCAUGAGGGAGAUUGGCCAGACGACAGCCGGUCAAGAGUUACUGAAAGAAGACGUUAUGAAGGGUGUAAAAGACUGGAAGGUAUACGCCUACGCCGUCGCUCAAUUUGUUGGGCUUGGCAUGCUUUACAGCUUCUCCGUGUUCCUACCCACUAUUAUUAAUGGCCUUGGAGGCGGGUGGAAUCGCCAGGUGGUUCAGGCUUUGACUAUUCCUGUAUAUAUUGCCGGGUUCAUCACCUACGUCGCGGGGGCCUACUACAGUGACAAGACUCAAAAUCGAGGCUUGUUCUGCAUCGCUGGGCUUGCUGUCAGCAUGAUUGGAUACAUCUUCCUCAUCGCUAACAAAGGGCUUGGUCUCAGCUUCGCCGGCUGCUUCAUCGUCGCACUCGGUUUAUGGGUGGCCACCGGUAUCGCCUUCUCCUGGAUUGGCGUGAACAACCCGCGAUAUGGAAAGCGAGCCUUUGCCAGCGGUAUGCAAAUCACCAUCGGUAACUGCUCAGGUGUUGUGGCGCCUUUCUUGUACGCCGCUGAGGAUGCUCCUCAGUUUACUGCUGGCUACGGUGCGACCAUCGGACUGCUGGCGCUUGGUAUCGCCAUCUAUGUUGCGCUGCAUCUCUACUUCCGGAUGAAGAACCAACGCAAGCUUUCUGGUAAAGAGGAUUGGAGGAUCGAGGGGAAGACUGAGGAGGAGAUUGCGGAGAUGGGCGAGGAUAACCCGAGCAAGAUACUUGAUCCAUCCGCUCUUGUCGCCGCCCAGACCCCCUGGACGAAAGCAUUCCAAACAUCAAGAGCAGAACACAUUCCAGUCUUGCGCCAAGACUUCAGCUACACCAUAGAACCUACAGAGCACCAAAACGAGUUCUUCGGUGAAACGCACGAUACAAAGCUUCGAGGGACAUAUUACAACGAGAUGGAGUCAGUCGAACGCAAGUACGACGACGUCAAUUCUCUAAAUCGCCACAGUGGUAGGCACAGUUCACCAUCAAGCCAAACUGCAGUCCGAUCAGACAGAUCCAGCUCUACACCGGCAGCUGAUGAGAAGGAAGCACAGGAUCGGCAUGACAUAUCAUCCGCCGAAAAGGAGGAGAACACUGAGGUAGAUGAUACCGAACGUCAGUUUGACAGUGGGUAUGAAGGAGGUGAAGAGAGUCAAGGGGAAGGAAGUGAGACGUCUAGUCACACAUUAGGAUGGUCGGAGGGUUCCAGCUGUACUCUGGGACGAGUCAAGGAGGAGGACGAGCACACGGAAGAAGGUGAGUCUGAUGACGAGGGUGACUUAUUUGCACAGAGCUAUCGGAACGGCAGUAGAAAGUGA